CCCCGCUUUCUCUCUCCCCCCCUCCUUCUCCCCUUCUCCCCUUCUCCCCCUCUCUCCUUCCCCCUCUCCACUCCUGCCAAGCCAGGCAUCAUGCUUCGGCAGCACCCUGUGCCUCGGCCGGCUGGCAACCUCCCUUGCGCGUUGGAAUCCGUGGUGACGGCGCUAGGCACCGCGAUCCCCGAGGCCGAUAAUGAGUUCCUGCGCACGGUCUGCCGGCAUAUGACGGCGGCGGUGCUUGGCAUCGAGCCAUCCAAGGUGGACCUCCGCCCGGCCGCCCGGCGCGGGCCCCUGCCCGGGUGGAAUCCCCAGCGUCGGCUCCUCUGUCGGUGUGGCGUUUGCCACCGAGUGGCCAGCCGUGCGCGCGCCCUCCCCCCCAGCGGCCGGAUCCCCCGACAGCGGGACUUCCUCCGGCGAUGCGUUGUUCGAGAGCUUGGGCUGCUGGAAAAGCGCCCGGUCGAGCAACGCCCCGAGGAUCCCCCUCAACACACGCCGGAUGCCACUCCGAUGGCCAUUCCCUGUUCGGGGCGCCUGUUGAACCGGGUUUUUCUCCUUUCAUUGGGGAAAAUCAUCCGGCUGCUGGCGCGCCCGGAUGACCCGGGCGAUGGGGCCCCGCUCAUCUGUCGCACCGGUCUCGAGGGUGACAAUGCGUGUGGCCUGCUUCGCCGGGCAGCGGCCUUGCAGCAAACCCUCCCUGGGCCCGGGCCGGAUGUGGCCCUCGAGAGGCUGGUGACGCAGGCCCGCAAUCGAGCCCUUGGUCGGCUGAUCCGGCUCUUCCCCCUGCUGGACCCGGGGUACCUGCAUCAGGUACUGGCACAGGCGGCCCGGGAUCUGGAGCGCUCGGCCGACUUGACGCAUCUGGUUGGCCGGCAGUGGCACUUCCGGUCGUUGGUGAUUACCGCCGUGGACACCGUGCUGGACGCCCUGGCCAAGGACCAGAGGGAGCUGGAGCGCCGGGCCCGCCUCGCCGAGACCGGAGGCGUUGGGGCCGCCGGAGCCGGGGCGCCGGUUCCCCUGGCCCCGCUGCCUGGAUCUCGGCCGCUGCACAUCCAUGGCCAGUCGGCCGGGGACUUUGGUCGUGAGCUUCGUCGUCUGCUGGGGGAUUUUGUCGAGCGCCAGGCGGCCGCGGCUGCAGCCGGUGCCGAGGGCGGCCCCUUCCGGGCCCAGGCUCAAUGGCUCCCGCGGCCCGGGCUGCCCGGGUUCCUGGCCGGUCCGGCCCCGGGGGCGCGCCUGUCCAUUGUCGAUGUGGCCCUCACCGAGCACCGGCAUCACCGGCUGCUGGCCUUGCGGCCGCCAUUGGACCUGUUGGCUGCCUGUCGCGCGGCCAGGCCUCCGACCGGCGCCGGCCCCACCCCGGGGUCCCCCCCACCAUCGCACCUGUGCGCGCUGCCCCCACCCGGGCAUCUGAUCGAUGUGGCGCCCUGCCUCGGCGGGGGGGUCCAUUGCCUGGAUGAGGCAUUCACCGUGGCGUCGACCCUGCGCUUCCGAACGGCCGAGUACCUGAGCCAGGCACACGAGCUCCUGGCCUUGGAGUUCCCCUUCCUCAUGGGCAGCUCAAUCGGCCAUGCACUGACCAGCUUCCAGGGGGAUUAUGGCCUGGCAUUCAUUCACCUGACCAAUACGGUGACCACCGGGUCGCAUCGGUUUGCCGAGAAGUUCAUGUCUCUCUUCAACUCGACACAGCGGCGGCCAGCGCUGGAGGUGAUCGCCGGUGGCCCGGCUCCCAUGCCGACCGGCUUCCGGCGACUGACAUGGUGGGGCUUGCGUAGCCUGCUCCGAAGUGCGCCCGGCGGUCCGGCCGCCCCGCGGCCAGCACGCUACUUCGACCCGGAUCUCGUGCUGGAUGUGCUGAAGCUGCACGGCUGGAAGGCGGCGGCCCGGGCGACGGCCGAGGCCGAGGCCGCCGCGGCCGGGGCGGCCCCCGUCGGGCCGCCGGCCGAGUGCCAGUGCUGCUUCGGGGACUUCCCGGCCGGGGAGGUGGUCCGCUGCACCGGGCCAAGCCAGCAUGCUUUGUGUGUGUCCUGUGUGCGAUCGGCUGCCGGGCUGGCCCUGGACCGGCCACCGGGCAAUGGGCCUCUGGCAUUGGGAUGCUUUGCCGCCACGGCCGAGCCCCCAUGCGCCAGUGGCCAGAUCCGUCUGGAGGAUGUCAUUGGCCGGUGCCUGGCCCCGGAUGAGGGCCAGCGGUUCAUGGCGCGCGCUCUGUCCGGGGUUCUGCCCGCCACCCGGGCGUGCGGCCUGUGCGGCUACUUUGAGGAAGUGUCGGACCCGGGGCCGGGGCCACUGGGCCCGGAUCCCGAGGCCCAGCCGGCCGAAUUCCGUUUGGAGUAUCAGUCCUGGCGCGACCGCUGGCGGGCCAUGGUGGGCGUCUCACCUCCGGCCAACCCGAGCGCCGCCUGGCCACCGGGGCACUUUGAGCGUUUGGUGGUGUAUCGCGCCCUGCUCGGCCGGCUGAUCCUGCUGCUGGCUGCGAGCAUGCCGGUCCUGCUGCUGCUCGGGCUGCUGCUGACCAAUGAUUCGCGGUCUCUCCUCUUCUGGGCGGUCUUGCUUGUGGCGCCGGUGGUCUUCCUCCUGGACGGUCGCAUCACUGGGCCCGCGCCGCCGCCCGGUGCCGGGCUCCUGGCGGCCGCGCACCAUGGGGCCCGGCUGGGGUCCGGCAUUUUGCUGCUUCUGGGCUUCAGCCAGCCGCUGGUCGAUCUGACCUUCCUGCCGGCCAGGCGCAUCGAUGUGGCCGUUCGGCAGCUGGUGGCGCGAGACAUCGGGCCAGCUCCACGGGCCGGGGACUUCGCCGGGUUCCCCACGCGCGGCUCUUCCGGCAGCGAGCCCUUUAUCUGCCGGAAUAUUCACUGCCUGGCGGCCACAUGUGCCGGUUGCGGGGAGCCGGCGCAUGGCGGGCUGCCCUGCCGCUCGGCCGGGACCUUGGCGGCGCAGGUGGUCGCGGCAGCCGCGGCGGCCGAGAUGGCCUCGGCGUCUGCCUCGCCGGCGGCCGGCGGCUCGGUGGAUCUUCGCCACCCGCCGGCCCGGCCGGAUGCCGGGUCCCUGGACCAGCUGCGCCUGUUCGUUGAGAGCAUCUUCUCGGCGACCCUGAUUCGAACAUGCCCUCGAUGUCAGAGCCCCUUCGUCAAGGAGCAGGGCUGCAACGAGAUGACCUGCCCCAUCUGCGGGACCAAGAGCUGCUACCUGUGCCGGCAGCCGGUGGCUGCCGGGCACUUUUGCCGGCACUUGUUGGAACCCGGGCAAGAUUGCCCAGCCUGCGACCGGUGUCGGCUGUAUAUCAGUGAGGAGCGCCAUGUGUUGCGGCACUUCCAUGUGCCGACCUCCUCGUCGCCCCUCUUGCGCGGGCUGGAUAUCGACUUCCCGGAGGCCGGUCAGCCGCUGGUGCGCCUGGCCGUCGGCUACGCGGCCGUGGAGGCCUUCCUGGAGCGCUUCCCAGCGACGGCGGCCCUGCUGGAGGGAAGUGGCCCCGGGCGGGAGCUGCUCUUGGCACUGCUAUUUGGCUGAAAGGCAGCAGCCCCGGGGUACCGUGGGAGGCCUGGCGCGGCCGAUGCCCGGUCCCCAUGGCGGGUGUUUGUUGGCUGCGGCCCCUGCGUUUCCGGAUAUUUGAUGUACGCGAGUGAAAAAUAAAAAAAGAAGCAGAA